AUGCGCACCCGCAAAGAAAAGCCCAUCUUCCGCGGCCUGACCAUCGCCGCGGUCGGCAGCCUCGGCGGCAGCGCCCAGUGGUCCGACACCAACAUCGCGCGCUGGGUCGGGCUGCGGGAGGGCCGGUUUGUGAGGGACGGUGUGGGUGUGGGCGUCGUCGCUGGGGGUGGGAGUCUGAGUGUGGGUGUAGGUGAGGGGGGAGAUGGGGGCGGGGAUGGGGAUGGGGAGGUGACGCAUGUGGUUUGUACGGGGGAGGAGUUUAGGCGGGCGGGGAGGUUGGACCUUUACCAUCUUUACCGCGACCGGACGUUCUUUCAAUACGAGGUGGUGCUGACUAGAGACGACGAGGAUGCUGGAAUCCAGGGGGAGCGGUAUAUCCUUUCGAUCUUUGAAUCCAACAACGCCAGCCCGCACCUCUACUGGUUUGUGGUCAAGUACUACAAGAAAAAGGGCGACACACAGGCUAAGAUACACCGUCCGAGCCACUCCCCGGGGAUCUUUGCCCGCGAGUUUGCCUUGUUUCGGUCCUUCUUCCGGAUGAAGACCGGCAUACCCUGGAUGCAGCGACUCGUCAAGGCGGGGACCACGGGGAAUCGCGUCUUUCAAUAUCAGCCGCCGACUGGAGGCAAGCCUGUCGGCUGGGCUCCGAAGGAGUACAUCCCAACUGAAGUUCCCAACAACGCUGUCAUGGCUGAUGUUGAAGUAAACACCACAGCUUCUGUCCCCGCAAGCGCAAACGGCAACGGCAACGGAAACGGCAUCGACAGCGCCAACCUCAAGACUCGGCCGACCAUCGUCACAUGUCCAAGCGCUCCCGCCUCUCACCGUCAAUCACCCUCGCUUAUCACCCCGGCACGCUCGCCACAACCCAACCAAACCAUGACGGUCAAUCCCCUGCCCUCCCAAGACGAAACCAAGGCCCAGCACAAUCCCACCGCCUCUUCGUCAGGGACGGCGCCCGCGUUGGGUUGGCCCACCGGAGUUGAUCUCCCUGGGGCGGGCAACACAAACACAGUCUGCGCUCUCUGA